AUGGAGAACUUCGUUUUGUAUGAGGAGAUUGGAAGAGGAAAUAAGACUGUUGUUUAUAAAGGAAGAAGAAAAGGAACGAUUAAUUUUGUUGCCAUUGUUUGCAGUGAUAAAUGCAAGAGAGCUGGAGUAGCAAACUGGGUUCGUCUGACUCAGGGACUCAUGCAUAAGAAUAUAAUGACAUUUUAUGAGUGGUAUGAAACAAGCAACUAUCUUUGGCUUGUAGUGGAAUUAUGCACAGGUGGUUCUCUAGAAUCUGUCAUUGCUCAGGAUGAAUGUCUACCAGAAGAUGUGGUGAGAGAAUUUGGUGUUGAGCUGGUUACUGGUUUAUACCAUAUUCAUAAGCAUGGAAUUAUCUAUUGUGAAUUGAAGCCUGGCAAGAUUCUACUGGAAGGGUCUGGCACUUUGAAAUUCAGUAGUUUUUGUUGGGCUAGAGCAGAUGGUGAAGACUUGGAAAAAGUUUUUGGUUUAUCUGGAGCUGAGGAAGGUGAAGAUAUUAAUGAAAGCAUUCUGCAAAGAUGGUUUAAAAAUAAAGUUCAAGGCUUUCCGUUAUACACAGCUCCUGAGGCAAUAAAAGGAGACAACUUCUGCAAAGCCAGUGAUCUGUGGUCCCUGGGAUGUUUACUCUAUGAAAUGUUCUCAGGAAAACCACCAUUCUUGUCAGAGUGCCAUUCUGAAUUAAUUGAAAAAAUUUUAUCUGAAGAUCCAUUGAGACCAGGACCAGAGGGUUCUGCUUUUCAUAAGGCUUCUGCUCAUUUCAUGAGUUUGCUUGAUGGGUUACUUCAAAAGGAUCCUCAGAAAAGGCUGAAUUGGACAGACCUUUUGCAGCAUCCAUUCUGGAAAGGAUCCCUUAGCCAUUGUGGUGGUGGUUCUACAGACAGACAGGGCAAAAGCUUGAGCAGAGAAGACACAGAGUCAUCAGUUUCUUCAAGUGCCAAAGAGUCAGUGGAUGCUCAUAAAAAUCCAGAUAACCUGUCAUCCUCAAGGGCAGGUCUUAAAACACCAAGUGAUUCAUUCAAAAUAGAAACUCAGACUGAAUUGCGCCCCAGAAGUGUAGUUGAUGGUGAAUCAAAUGAAUCCUUAUUUCUUCUCAGUUCUCGUCCCACGCCUAGAACUAACUCUGCAGUAGAAGUAUGUGAUACUACUACUGUCCCAAUUAAAAAUUCUUCACAAGGAGAUGCGUGCUUGAAAAAAGCUGAAAAUGUGUGCUCAAGUCAGCAGGAUAUGGAGUCAAAACUGAAAGAGCUCAUUUACACUGAAUCUGAUCUUAGCGUGACACCAAUCAUUGACAAUCCAAAGAUAAUGAAGCAAGUACCAGUUAGAUUUGACCCGAAAACUUUACAUAUACCAGCAUAUUCAGUUGAGAAGUUGUCAUCUAUGAAAGAAGUGGACUGGAAUAACUUCUUAAAAAGAGUAUGUUCCCUGCUUGAUGCUAGCGAGAAGAAUACAGGAGCAGCACGUUCUAAACUGAACUUACUGUACUAUCUGUGCACUUUGGUUGUCCACAAGGAGAUUGCAAACAGGCUAAUUAGCUCUCAGCUGUUUCCGAUACUGAUACAGCAGUUGCGUGCAGCCGCAAACUGGGAUAUACGUGCUAAUGUUGCUCGAGUGAUUGGUUUACUGGCGUUACACACAUCUGAACUUGGAGAAAAUGUACCUGUUUCUGAGGCCAUUGCACUUUUAACCGAACUAAUCAGAGAGAACUUCAGAAACAGCAAAUUGAAGCAAUGCUUUUUACCAGCACUUGGAGAGCUGCUUUACCUCAUAGCCAGCAAGGAGGAAAAAGGGGAGCACCCCAGGGAAUGCUGGGCUGUUCCCUCAGCUGCUUACACUGUGCUAAUGAGGUGUCUUCGGGAAGGGGAAGAGCGCGUGGUGAACCAUUUAGCAGCAAAGAUAAUUGAAAAUGUUUGUACUACUCGCUCAUGCCAUGCACAAGGGUUUAUUACAGGAGAAAUUGGACCUGUCCUGUGGUACCUUUUCACACAUUCUACAGGAGAUUCUUUGAAGAUAACUCCUAUUUCGGCCUUAUGCAGAAUUACUCGUGCCUCACCUAAUGCUUUCCAGAGUGUCAUUGAAAAAGUGGGAUUAACAGCUGUACUAAAUUCCUUGGCAAAUGGAAUAUGCAAAAUUCAGCAGUACAUGCUCACGAUGUUUUCAGCAAUGUUGUCGUGUGGGAUUCAUCUACAGAGGCUAAUUCAAGAAAAGGAUUUUGUGACUACAAUUACUCGUCUACUUGAAAGUCCUUCAACUUUUAUUCGAGCAAAAGCCUUUCUGGUCCUUCUACAAGUUUUAAUUAAUAACAGGGAGAUGCUGCUCCUCAGUUGUCAAACAAGACUCAUGAUGUAUAUUGAAAGAGACAGCAGAAAGACCAUGCCAGGAAAAGAGCAGCAAGGUGGCAGUGAAUAUCUGUCAAAAUGCCUCGAUCUUCUCAUCUAUCAUAUUGUGCAGGAGCUGCCAGGAAUUCUCGGUGACAUUCUCAGUGCCCUAAGUAAUGUCUCUGGACGUAAACACCCAUCAACAGUUCAGGCCAAACAGCUGAAGAUGUGCCUUCCUAUGAUGCCUGUAGUGCUUCAUCUUGUGAGAUCCCAGGUAUUUCGUCCCCACAUAGUCACAAAGGAGUUUCUUUUCAACUACGGCAUCUUGCUUGAGUUCAUCAGAUCAAUAGAUUCAGGAGAAACAAACUUGGAUAGAGCAAUAGGGCAAGCUGCAUCAGAAGAAUUGAUCAAGACUACUUUAUUGACCUUUGAAGCAGUAACUGAGCAUCCCAGCUUGCUGAUGACCCAUCACUUGACUGUUGAAGACUCUGUCCUCCCACCACUUGUUUCUUUGGCCCACAGUCAGAAUGUGGAAUGGAGACUCUUCAGCUUGCGGUUGCUCUCAGAAACCACAUCGCUGCUUUUAAGCCAUGAAGUCAUGGCUGAGGAGAAGGAUGAGGGCCUCAACUUGAACAACAAGCUUCUGUCCCUCAUUAGAGAUUUACUGCUGCCUCAGUAUGAGCACAUUCUGCUGGCUCCAGACCCAAUACCAAUGUAUGCUCUGAAACUGCUGGUGGCCCUGACUGAGCGCAGCCCUGCUUCCGUGAGCUUCAUGGAAGAAAUCCGUCUUUUUCCAGUUCUUUUCCAAGUCAUCUUGCGAUACCAGGACAGUAUACUUGGAAAUACAAUGCAAACUCUAAUUGCUUUACUGAAUAAUAUUGUUUCUAACAAAAGUAUGAACAUGAUGAUACUCUUUGAACAAGGACUGGCUCAUCACGUCCGUAAUCUCCUAACAGAAGUUGUGGCCCUGUACUUGGAGACUGAUGAUAAAAGGAGCACCAAGACAGCAAAUGUGCUGCUUUUAUCCUUACUUGACAUUUUGCAAUACAUGCUGACGUAUACAGCAAACAUUGUGCGCCAGACUUUGCAGGCACAGAAAUCUGGUGCAGGAGGGGACACGCAGGCUGCCGAAGACCUUCUGCUUAUCAAUAAACCCCUGACAGACCUGAUAAGCCAGCUUAUUCAACUGCUUCCCAAUGAAGAUACUGAAAUAUUUUUGAGUGCCUCACAGUGCUUAUUAUUGCUGGUACAGCUGUAUGGAGGGAACAAUCAGGAGAGUAUGUCUCCAGAAAACAUGCACAGCUUUGCUGAAGUACUGAAGACCAAAGAAGAUCCACAAGAACUCAAGCUUUUGUUGAAAAUUGUAAAGAGACUGGUAACUUCAAAUAAGAAGCACUCAGAGAGCCUGAAGAAUGAUGGUGAUGCUCUUAUCCAUGCUGUAGAGAGCCUGGCCCAAACUGCCAGAUGCUCAGUAGAUGAAAUUCUAGCUGAUGCCAUUGAGGACUGUUUUGAUAUAUUAAGCUCUCAUGCUGACAUUGCUGUUGCUUCCUUGGCAUUUGAAAUUCUGACAACAGUGGGCUGUGAAAAUAUCGAGACCCCCAAGUGA